AUGUCGAAGUACUUUGUGUCAAGCCACCGCGGGGAGAUUCAGGACCUCCGAGAAAAACUCAACAGCAGUAAAGACGACGUCCGCACCGAAGCGGUCAAACGUAUUGUUGCUGCGAUGACUGAGGGAAAGGAUGUUUCGAUGCUCUUUAUUGACGUCUUAAAGUGUAUGCAGACGAAUAAACUUGAGUUGAAGAAGUUGGUGUAUUUAUACUUAAUGAACUACUCUCGAAGUCAGCCAGAGAGAGCAAUUUUGGUGGUUAAUUCGUUUGUCAAAGACUCGACAGACACGAAUCCAUUAAUUAGAGCAUUAGCUAUUCGAACUAUGGGAUGCAUUAGAGUACAAACGGUGUUUGAAUACUUCUUGGAACCGCUUACAAAAUGUUUGAAAGACUCUGACCCAUACGUCAGAAAGACUGCAGUCCUCUGUGUUUUGAAGUUAUAUUGUAUGAACCCACAAUUAAUAGAACAACGUGGAUUUGUCGAAACAAUUAAAGGAAUGUUACUUGAUGAUAAUCAAAUGGUUGUUUCAAACGUCAUUGCUGUGUUACACGAAAUUGGCACCAGUGAAGGCAAAGAGUGGAUCAUCGACGACAAAAUGGUCAGACCACUUUUAAGUGCAUUAGACGGAAGUAACGAGUGGGGACAGAUAUAUAUCAUGGACGCAUUGGCAACGUAUGGACCGACAGACCCCAAAGAAGCCGAAAACAUUUGCGAACGAGUUGCAAAUAAAAUGACCCAUAACAACCCAGCCGUCGUGAUGGCUGCCGUUAAAAUUGUGUUGAGACAUCUUGAAGUUGUCUCGCCACAAAUUGCAGAAAUGUACUGCAAACGACUUGCACCGCCUUUGGUGUCUAUAGUUCUUUCUAAUAGCUCGAAACAUGAUUAUGAAAUUCAGUACAUCACACUCCGAUGCAUUAACUUGAUUGUACAAAAGUACCCCCACCUCUUCUCUGUACAGUUAAGAACGUUCUAUUGUUCAUACGAUGAGCCUAUUUAUAUCAAAUUGGAGAAAUUGGAGAUCAUGUUGAUGUUGGUCAAUGAAACUAAUGUGAUGGACAUUCUAGUUGAGUUGAAAGAAUACGCCUUGUCUGCUGAUAUCGAGUUUGUUAGAAAAGCGGUUCAGGCUUUUGGCCGCUGUGCAUUGAAGUUGGACAAAGUUGCUGAUCGGUGUGUGAAACAAUUAGUUGAGUUGAUUGAGUUGGGACAAAACUACAUUGUCCAAGAGGCGUGCAUUGUAAUGAAAGAUUUGUUCCGCAAAUACCCACAGAAAUACCUUCCAGUCAUUGCGAAGUUGUGCGACAACUUGAACACAUUGGACGAUCCAAACGCAAAGGCUGCAAUGAUUUGGAUCAUCGGGGAAUAUAACAAACUCAUUACAAACUCUUCUGAAUUGUUGUACGACUUUAUGAACACUUUUGCGGAUGAGCCACUCAAUGUGCAACUUGCGCUUUUGACUGCUGCUGUCAAGUUCUUUAUCACAAACCCGGAAGCACAAGAUUUGGUCCAAAAGGCGUUAACAGAAGCUUCAAAUUCACAGUCAUUUGAUUUGAGAGAUAGAGCACACAUCUAUUGGAGAAUCUUGUUCAACCAUCCAGAAGAAGCUAAGAAGAUCAUCAACGAAGACAGAGUCGUCAUAUCGUCCCAAACACAAUACCUCCACUCGACCGUUUUAACUCACUUGAUGUCGCACCUUGGAGAAUUAAGUGUUGUGUAUCAGAAAGUCCCGGCUGCCUUUGUUGUUAAAUUGAAAAAGAUUGGAGUCAGUUUGAAACUUGAUGAAGAGGAGAGUGGAAGCGAAAUGUCUGAUUUACUUUGCUUCGACGGAGGAAGCUCCAACUUGAUUGGAACAACAUCAAAGAACGUGUUGGACUUCGACGAAGACUCUGGAAGAAAGGACGGCAUGAGCGACGUUUUCGCUGUUGGCAAAGAGAAGAUCCAGUUGAACCGACUGACUGCGCUUCCCAAGACACCAACCGACAUGAAGGUGAACGCCAGUCUGAUAAUGGAAGGUGGUAGUCUGUUCUUGCAAAUGGAAAUUAACAACAACUCUCCGUUGACUAUCACUAACUUCCAAAUGCAGUUCAACAAAAACGCGUUUGGACUUGUUCCCGGUCAGCUGAACAUCGAUGCCAUCCCACCAACAAAGCGUUGGGGUGCUUUGAUUCCAAUCGGUUUCAUUACACCGGAAGCAGAUUGUCCAGUCACCAAUCGCCUUGAAGUUGCUAUUGCAAACUCCACACAGCAAAUUUACUUUUACAUUCUUGAGAUGCCAGUCAAUUUGAUGUUCAAAGAACUUGGAAAGGUUGAUGUCGGCAAUUGCGCCAAAUUGUGGAACUCCCUCCCGAACACUGUAACAAAAGAAUUCAAAGGCACUGGUGUCGAGGACAAGCUCAAAAAGACUCAGAACAUGUUUUUGGUCGCAAACAAAAAGGAAAAAGACGGAGAGAGGCUGAUGUACACCUUCAAAUUUUUGAACGACUUGGAUGUCAUGCUUGAGGUCACCACCACAUCAAAAGGUUUCAAGGCCGUCAUCAAGUGUGUUGAUAAAAAGUACUUACCGCUUGUUGUUCGAUUCCUUGAAACAUUACUCUAA